UACUUUUUCUUGCUGUUUCAGGGCCUUACAUCUGAAGUUGUUGACAGAGUGUACAGGGAGUACAUGGGGCAUGCAGAAAGCCCUGCUCAGGUCCGAGAUGGCCUCCUGGAUGCAAUGGGAGAUGUCUACUUUGUCAUCUCAGCUGUGGAAGUGGCCAGAUACCACAGAGAUGCUGGCAACCCAGUCUACUUCUAUGAAUUCCAACAUCGACCGAGUUCAGUGGAAGGUGUGGUACCAGAGUUUGUAAAAGCUGAUCACGGAGCUGAGAUUGCCUUUGUCUUUGGAAAGCCAUUCUUAGCAGGUGAUGCACCCAUGCUUACUCCUUAUUCCUUUUAGAACCUCAUUA